CAACAUUAUCAACAAAAUAUUUGUAAAUUCUGUUGUACAUAAUAUGUUCUAAAAUUUAAUUUUAGAACAUAUUAUGUACAACAAUCAUGUCAUCAUUAGUCAUGUCACUUGCGUUGACACCUAGAUAUAGAUAAGUUGUUAAAAGAUUGAUUAGCCUCCACGCCUCCAGAAUAAGUGCAAUGUAUAUUCAGAGUAAGUCAAGUGAUCAAAAGAAGCCUUAAAUACUUCAAAAGUUACAUUUGUGGUGAACAAAACACCUUUUACUGCCCGAGGACAACUAUAGACUUAUAAACAGCCCUCAUUUGGAUUUUCCUAAUCAUAUAGCAUAUUUCCUAGCUGCUUAGUCAAUGGAUGUGAUAUCAAAUGACUAUAUCAAAAUUUAGUCGCUAUUGACACAUUAAAAUUAUAAAGAUAUAUCUUAUAUAAGAGAGGAUCCCUGACUGCUAAAAUCUUAUGUUAGUGAUCUAUUGACAUAUAGCGAAACUAGGUACUGCGUUGCUUUCGAAACAAAACAAAAAAGCCCCAUAUUUUUUUAAUAUCUUGUUGUUAAUCCUGUUUGCAUUAGUGUUCUAGAAACGUUGUAUAACAUAAUCACGCUUUAUGCCAAUCAUGAUACAAGGCACGUACUACUAGGUGUAACAAACUAUGCGUCUAAUCAAAGCAACUUAAUAGUGGCCAGUACUGCAAUUGCAGUGGGCAGAUAGAAACAAAUGGAGCAGCUAUUAUUAUAAGCAAAGUUGAGCAAGAAUCUCCAAAAGUUAACAUGACAAUACUUUUUAAUCAGCUUAAUUACAUAAAAUCAAUGCGUGUGCAAUAACCGUUUAUGACUACUCCUAAAUAAUAAAAUUAAUUAAAGCUUUCAUGACGCAUGAAAUUACAGAGUAAUUUUGUAUAAAUACAAGUAAAAAAUUACACUUGUAAAGUUCAUCUUACAAUGGCUGAUCUAGUUUAUGUAUUCAUUUAUGCAUUUCACUUUUUUGCUUCUUCUACCUUCUGUAUCGUAAGUUAUAGUUCAUUGCUUUUGUAUACUGCAAAAAAUAGCACUAAACAAUGCUUUCUUGACUUAAAAAUGUAAUUUUUUUUAGGAUGGGAAAACAAUAGCAGUUGCAACUGACAAGGACACACAAAAUGGCAAAGGAAAAGGUAAUUACCGCAAAAAUUUGCGCAAGUAUGGAACAGUGUACUUUUUAAAAAAAAUUUUUAAUUUGUUUAUCAACAUCUUUUAGAUAUUCCUGAAGUAUGUCAGAAAAGAGCUUUUAUAAAAACACAUGACACAAAAGGUAGGGUGACAUCAAACAAGAAUUGUAAUGUUCUGCAUUAAUAACAACUUUGUGAGUAGUUACGUUGUUGUUUUACUUACUCAAGCAUUUGCUGACUUUAUAGGGAAAUGGCUUCUUCCAGAAGACUUCGUUAAUUUUAAAAACUGCACUCAGUACUAUCCAUCCUGUAAACAACAAGUUGGAACAUUAACCACAACAUACGCUGAAGAUUCAGAUGGCAAAACCUUGAUAAUUUUUCAAGUCACUGAUAUUACCAUGCAAGGAUGUUUGGGGUAUUUACUUCAACUAACUGAUGACAUUGAAACAAAAGAUAUUUAUUUUAAUUUUGAUAAUGAGGAUGCGGACUUUAUGAAAGUAAUUUACUUCCGUCUUGGAUUUACUUACAACUUUACUGUCACACCAUUGCCAGGAGGCGAAUCAUUAAGCAUAGUGACAAAGGCACCAACACACUGUGAACUGGAAGUGAUAAAAGAUAUAUAUAAUAAACUUGAAAAGGAAAAGAAAUUAUUUGCAGACUGUGAUCAACCCAGUUAUACAGAACGAAAACGUAUCGCGACAAAAAUAUGCCAAAAGUAUCCUCGCAAUGGAGCGAAACGAUGGAGAACAACACAGAAGUUGCUUACUCAGCGAAAUUGCAAAUUUGUACUCCUUUCUUAUAACUCACUUUAAAAAUUACGCCGAUAUUUUUUUACCUAUAAUAAUGUUCAUUUGCGGACACAUGCUGGUAGCAUAUAAUUAUUUUCAUUAUCAGUGACGUAUAUAACAAAAAAUAAAAUAAAAAAUUUGUUUAAUAUAUGACAAGUAACCGGUGACGUCAUUAUUUUCUUUGAAUAACCUUAUACCAAACCCUAUAUCAAAAGAAUGUUUAAUAUUAAAAUAGUCUGUAUAUUAAUAAUGCCCGUAUUCUGCGUUUCCAUGCUUUUAUAAUAUUGCAAGUCAUAGAAAUGCCAAGCAACCAUUAGUUUUUCUAGAUUCUACAAUAAUAACUUAUAUAAUAAUACGAAGUGUAUGUGAUGGUGAUAGUGGAUAUCGUCAUUUUACUUUGAUGUCGCCGAAGUUCUCUUUGAAGUUGCCGAAAAAAUCAUGUCCAUUUUGGAAGUACCGUUAUUUUUUUACCUCACGUGAUGAAAACGCCUCAAUUUGAUUUGCUGAAAUAAAUUUAACGGCUAACUUUCAAGAAAUGGUGUCCUCUCGCCACUAAAAAAACCCACAUCCCUUUAUCUUGAAUAAAGUAAAAAGAGUGGUUUAAAAAAACAUAUUAAAAAAGAAAAAAGUCUAAGUGAAGAAGUAGAAAAGUGAAGU